AUGACCCAAGUGCAGUUUGAUGCCAACAGCGCACACGUCUUCGUCUUGAAGACAAAGUUUCGCGAUGGCGUGGUGGAUACGUUGUACUGCUCUCUCUGUAAAACCACGAGGAACUUGCUUGCACGAGAAAUUGUGAUGGGUCGAGUUGACGCGUCGCUUCGAACGCACGGUGCCUUCCUUGCCCAGUGCUCCGAUCCCGAAUGUGUUCAUGUCGGAGCAUUCAAGAUCAUGGCCACGAACCUCCCGUCACCGCCCCGCGGUGUUGACCUCUCAUCUGUUUGUGACAUUGUUCCUGGGUGCCAGUUCGGCGUGACAUCCCUUGACAUGCGUACGCAAUUGUUUGCGUCUGUGCAAGCUCAUGGGAACCCCCUCGAUCGUGUGCUGCUUGUGCUUGAAGGAGAGAACUCGUGGAAAUGCACAACAUGCCCUCGCAACGAUGAAUGCAGCCAUCGAACGACUUGGCAGAGCUUUCAGGAAGCGGCUCACGCGGACAUGGGGAUCGACAUGGGUGUCGACAUGGAGUGGCUACAAGACGACGUGGAACAAACGUCGACUCCGUGGGUGGUUCCUGCCGUUUCGUUUCCGGUUCAGGCUCACCUACAAGCUGAAGUCAGGAUGCGGCGGGGGUUUCACACUUUGUCCCAAAUGACCUCCACUGCAUUCGUACCACGUCAACUGCAUUUGCCAGUGUGUCCGUGUGGGUCACCGUACAACGAAGAAGCUCGUGUACCCGACUGUGUUGGAACCGUGUACGGUGUGCUACACAGUGUACAGAUCGUGGUGCAGCAGUUCCGUUGCACGAAUCUGGAUUGCACGAACCUGCUUCCAUUCGACGGGUUCUACCACGGAUUCCUCAGGACCGGCCGCACCACCUUUAUCGACCUGGACCUUGUCAACCUCAUUCGCCUUAACACAAUUGUGGGUGCAACUCCGAUGUCGGCAACCCUCGACAUCAACUUGGCGAAGAGCUUCAAUUGCCCCCAUUGUGGGUCGUUGGACACAGCUCCAAUUAUUAUUGGCGAUGGUAAUGCAAAGAUGGCUUGCCGCCGUGAGUACUCUACGACCAGGCAAGCCUACCCAAGACACUCAAUUCCCCGCCACGGCAUUCCGCUGGAGCAUCGGCAAUACAUCAGGCAUGCGGAAACAAGGAAGCAGUUGCUCAACUUCUGUGGCUCCCGCGCAUUCCAAGGUGACAACCCCCCCAAUGCUAUGACACCAGGUGUUCACAACCACCUUCGUGCUCUUUUGGUGGACCAUGCUGAGGACGUCGUUCCUCUGUUGGACGUCCUUGUUUACGGUGACGAGUGUGUAAACGGUUUGUGUCCGCGUCAAUGGCGCGAGUUCCUUGGCGAUUUGGCCAGACAGUCCCCUGUACAGAACGCAGUCGUGCGCAGUCCAAAUGUUAUGGCGCGUGUGCUUUUGGAUCUGGGACGCCCGUCCCGUCGACGUGACGCCUUCGCAGAAACCACAACGCUUAGUAACCUGCAACGAAACAUGCCAAGCCUGGCUUCAGCAUUGCGUGCAACUGGCAUGGAUGUUGAUUGUGAUCACCCCAUGUGGCCAGCCUUAUCGCCAAUAUUGACACGCUUGUCCGUUGUGUUUUGCACCUACCUGCAGACGUUGCCAGCAAACGAGCAGACCCCCCCUCCUGACGACCUGGAUGCUUGCACCAACACGUAUACUGACGAGGACCUGCACGAGUGGUUUCCAGGAGCGCCGUGUCGUCGUACGCUGGGGGCCUACCAAGAUCAGCACAGGAAGGACGAUACGAUUUGUUCCAAGAGUGCACCGAGCGUCCGAUACAAAAUGCCAGGCAUCUUCCACUUCUGUUGUCCUCACGGUAUCUGCCUCGGGUUUUCCGUCAUGCACGAUCACGAGUCGCCUGUUCACCCGUUCUCCAUUCUAUGCCAGCGGUGGUCGAACUCGGACUAUCCCCGUGUUGUUAUCAUGGACAACGCGUGUAACCUGCACACUUACUGCUUGCGACGUGAGCCGUACUUCUUUCGAAACGUGUGGUUUCUUGUGGACAGGUUGCAUUAUUGCAACCACGUGAACUGUUCCAGUGGUUACAAAGUCGACAACUUCCCAUUCUUGAAGGACAUAAGUACUGUUGCGUGCGAAGCGUUCAACUCGUCCUUCAAGGCUGUGGUGAAGCAGGCUGGUUUCAUGGGCAUGGAUAACUUCAUCCUGUUCACGAAACAUUUUAUAACAUCGACGAACGACCGCCGCAUUGAAAACUUGAAGACGGAAAUCCAGGCGGGUGGCAUGAAAUGCGAAACAUGGCGAUCUGUGAAUGCAUUGAUAUCCAACCUUGAGCUACCAAGUAACCGGCUUCCAUGCGUGCAAACGGAUCCGUGUAGCUUAUGUGCGGCGGGGAGAUAA